GUCCCUCCUUCGUUAACAAAUUUCCCCUCGGGUCCAUCGCCUUCUGUCCUCCGUCUUGUUCUCUCUCAGUAAACUCCAAUCGCCAUCGUCACUGAUCCCAUUUCCAUCAAGAUGGCUUCUUCUGUCCUCCCUCUUGCUUCCGUCUCCCCUUCUGCUUCACGUUCAUCAUUUGACAACAAUAAGAAGAAGUUGAACCUUGGAAGUAGCUCUCUAACCUUUGAUCUUGACAAAAACCAUCCAUUCGCGAAGGCCAAGGAUAUCUGUGCAACCGCUAUCAUGAUUCAUGGACAUAUAAUGAGGUGUUAGUUGUCCUUAUCUCUAAAUUUUAUUUGCUUACCUUGGUAGAUGGAGUUACCAAAGUGUAUAGUGGAGUUGAGUGCAGGGAAGUGUAAGUCGGAUUGAUCCAGUACCAUUUUUUGAUUUUCAGUCCUUCAGCAGGAUAUCUAUGGUUGCUUCGGUUAAUGUCUCUCGGUUUGAGGGGAUUACGAUGGCUCCUCCUGAUCCAAUUCUUGGAGUUUCUGAGGCUUUCAAAGCAGACACACACGGAAACAAACUCAACUUGGGAGUUGGUGCAUACCGCACGGAAGAGCUGCAACCUUAUGUGCUUGAUGUUGUGAAGAAGGUUGAGGCACUUAUGCUGGAGAGGGGCGAUAACAAAGAGUAUCUCCCAAUUGAAGGUCUGGCAGCAUUUAAUAAGGCAACUGCAGAGUUAUUAUUUGGAGCCGAUAACCCUGUCAUUAAGCAGCAACGUGUUGCGACUAUUCAAGGUCUGUCAGGGACUGGUUCUCUCAGACUAGCUGCCGCACUCAUAGAACGAUACUUUCCUGGUGCAAAAGUCCUUAUAUCUUCUCCAACUUGGGGGAAUCAUAAAAAUAUUUUCAAUGAUGCAAGGGUUCCAUGGUCUGAGUAUCGAUAUUAUGACCCUAAAACAGUUGGUUUGGAUUUUGAGGGGAUGAUAUCUGAUAUUAAGGCAGCACCUGAAGGAUCCUUCGUGCUGCUUCAUGGUUGUGCUCACAACCCAACUGGCAUUGACCCAACACCUGAGCAGUGGGAAAAAAUUGCUGAUGUCAUUCAGGAAAAGAACCACAUUCCAUUUUUCGAUGUUGCAUAUCAGGGCUUUGCUAGUGGAAGUCUUGAUGCUGAUGCAUCAUCUGUUAGGCUAUUUGCAGCUCGUGGCUUGGAGCUUUUGGUUGCUCAAUCCUAUAGUAAAAAUCUUGGUCUUUAUGCUGAAAGGAUUGGGGCUAUCAAUGUCGUCUGCACGUCAGCAGAUGCAGCAAUCAGGGUAAAGAGCCAGUUGAAGAGGCUUGCUCGACCAAUGUACUCAAAUCCUCCAGUUCAUGGGGCUAGAAUUGUUGCGAACAUUGUUGGAGAUCCAGCACUAUUUAACGAGUGGAAAGCAGAAAUGGAAAUGAUGGCCGGAAGAAUAAAGAAUGUUAGGCAGAAGCUCUAUGAUAGUCUCUGUGCAAAAGAUAAAAGUGGGAAAGAUUGGUCCUUUAUACUCAAACAGAUCGGCAUGUUCUCAUUCACAGGCUUGAGCAAAGUUCAGAGUGAUAAUAUGACGGACAAAUGGCAUGUAUACAUGACAAAGGAUGGAAGGAUAUCUUUGGCUGGAUUGUCGUUAGCUAAAUGUGAAUAUCUCGCAGAUGCCAUCAUUGAUUCAUUCCACAAUGUACGGUAAACUGGAAAUCUUAUCGGAUAUAUGGUAAAAAUAUAUCUUCAAAUUUUUGUUUUCAAAUCUUGUAUUCAUGAGUGAUCGAAUAAUUAAGAUUUCUUAACUGAAUCUUAGUUUUUAGCUGAGACGAUGAUCUAAAAUUUGUAAUAAAGUGGCCCAGAGAUUGUCAGACUUCUUCAUUCAAGGUCAAAUUUGAAGCAAUCUGUCAUAUUCCUAGUAUUUUAACUUUUGGUUCUUUGUUA